CCUAGACACAACUGGACACAACUGGACACAUAAAUACCGCGACUCUGAUCGCCUGAAACAACAUUUGGCGCAUCGGGGCGCGAGUAGAUCGUUUCCCUUCCUCCACCUACCUCCUUCCAGAUCCCUCUCACGCUUUUCGUUUCGAGUUCACUCCGCUCUUGCAUCGACGCCUCCGCACUAGAUCUACUCGCCGGUGGUUUCCUAUGCAGAAAUGUCUCAUCUUGGUGCUGUUUCUCCGAAAUUUAAAAAGAAACAAGCUAGAUCAUCACAGAAGUUAACUACCAAACUCCACAAUUCUUUGGAAGACCCCAACACAAAUGAUUCGGAGGAUGAUCUACCUGUAGAUAAUGCUUCAAAGCAAUUGGUGCUUCAUAAUGAGGCUUCUAGUAAUCCUGGACAAGGUGCUACUGAUCUUAUUGAAAGUUAUCCUAGAUCCUCUCAGAGUUCUGUCGCCUCAUCAGCAUCAAAUCAUUCUUCUAGAGUUGUGCCGUAUGUAGGACACUUCACAGUCCAGUGUUCUGAAUGCCUCAAGUGGAGACUUAUUCCAACAAAGGAGAAGUAUGAAGAAAUACGAGAAAAAAUCUCAGAAUUCCCUUUCUUAUGCACCCGAGCUCGUGAAUGGCGCCCUGAUAUCUCCUGUGAUGAUCCAGCUGAUAUUUACCAAGACGGGAGUAAGCUUUGGGCAAUAGAUAAGCCUGACAUCUCUCAAGCUCCUCCUGGAUGGGAAAGGUUGCUUAGGAUCCGGGGUGAAGGAGGCUCUAGGUUCGCUGACAUAUAUUAUGUUACACCAUCAGGAAAGAAGCUUCGCUCAAUGGUUGAGGUGGAACGGUACCUACAGGCACAACCAGAGCAUGCCAGAGAUGGCGUGAAUAUUUCUCAAUUCUCGUUUUUGAUCCCUCGACCUCUGCAGGACAACUAUGUUAGGAAGCCCUCUGCUACUCGAAAUAUGAAUAAACCCACACCUCUUGAGCCUUAUGAAGACCGGCCAAAACAAAACUAAAAUCCUGCAGAUCCUUCAACCUGUGACUCUAUAAACAGCAAAAACAGAAAAAAGAUUCCAGCAAGAAGACGGUUCGAGUUACUUUGAAGCCCUUGUUUCUGAUGCUCGGCGAACUAGAUGUUUUGGUAUGAAUCUUCUGUUAAUUUUGAUUUUUGGUCUAUAUGUGCCUAUGAGCACAGGAUGCUUGUUAAUAUUGCAAUGCACAAAUGUUGGUCUCUAGGGUAAGCCUCUUUUUUUUUGUCAUGGGCCAAACAUUUAAUAGAUGUAAAUGGCAGUAAGAUCAUUGCAAUUGCUGCUACUGUUCUUAAUGCAAUCUGUUUGACUUUUAGUUGGAAAAUAUGAGAUUAGGUUAAGUCUA